AGCGGAUGGCGAGCUCUGGAGCUUCUAGGGCUAGACAACGAGAAAGCCUCCGUCGAGUUACAGAGGUUGAAAGUCGAUAUGAUCAUCACCGAUUACUGUAUGCCUGGAAUGACCGGUUACGAGCUUCUCAAGAAGAUUAAGCUUAUGAUGUUGGACCAUUGCAUGGUCAUCCCUGGAGAAUGGAUCUCCGUCGUCUCGCUUUGAGAGUUCGUCGGCACUGCACACAUAUAUAUUUUGUACAUAUGUACAUCAGUUAAUGUUCACAUGGACACCAACGUGACGCACAUCUGUACACCGGUUUAUUUUCCACUACUUGCAUGUGAGGGGGGAGUCGAAGUUGUGUUCUAGUUUGCUGUAAUGAAUACCAGUUUACGUUUACGUUUUCAAAACCUCCAUGUUCCUAUGCUUAGUGUACACAUGUAGAAGAUCAUACAGGUGUGCAGAUGAAUCAAUGUGAAUAUUGAUACAUGGAAUAUUUUUAUGGUUGGGGGGGGGACUGUAUGCUGGUACCUUUUUUAAUUACACAUGUGUACAAUAACAUAUAAAGGCGUACUACAAACGGACACACAUGUGGAUAUUAAGGCGGAGUACAUGUGUACAACAACCGUGUCCAUAUGUAUAUUUAGUUCACAUGGACACCGUUAGUGUACACUUGUACUCUAUACUGAAGUACACAUGUACAUCGGACUAUUUUCCAUAAAAACACGUGUAUGCAUUAGUUCCCAUGUUCCAAAGCAUCCACAAUGUACAUCCAUGCCUCUGCCAGUGUGUACACAACAUAGAGAUGUCCAUGUGUACAAUAAAUAUCACGGUGUCCAUUCAUAACUAUUAUCUUUGUACAUCCGUGCCUCUGCUCGUGUGUACACUAAAAGGCAAUGUUCAUGCGUACAAUAAAGUCAUAUGUCCAUACUUAAACAAAUUAUUUACCGAACAUAGGAACACGUGGACAUGUCGAGCCAAGAUCGUAUCCAUGGGGUUACUCAAUAUACUCGUGUACACGAACAUGCUGUACAUAAAAACAAAAAUGAAACAUGGAAUUUGUUUACUUUAUCCGAAUGAAUCAUAAUUUAACAAGAACAUGAUGUAUAUCUCCAACUCUAUCCGAAAGAAUCAAAAUUUAAAUAAUUAAGAAAAUUUAGACUUUACAUUGAAUUAUCCUAUUGCAUAAAUUUUGUGUACACAUAUUCACCAUUUGAACAUACAAUGUUGAAACUUAUAAAUCUAUGUUACAAAUUCAUAAAUGUCUAAUUGAAUGUUGCACCAUGAUAAAAUAUACACGUCGAUACUGGUAAACAAAUGUACAUGUAGAUAUGUUCAUUGUUGAGCUACUUAUAAUAUUUCAAGAUGUAAUGGUUAUAAAAAAAAUUCUACAUUUGUAAAGCCACAUUUGUUAUCUUUUUGAAAUAUCCACCAUACUAGUUUCAUGUGGACAACUAUAUCAGAGUGUAUAUGUGUACAAGAUAUAUCUGAAUGUACAAUCUUUUUCUUGAUUAGUCAUAUCUUUUUAAAUAUGUCCUCCUUACACGAUGUAUCCAUCAGAGUGUACAUGUGUACAUUAUCAUCAAAGUGUAUAUGUGUAUACUAUGUAUCCAAAACAAAAUUAUACAAAAACUGAAGGAUUAAAUGUGUAAAAAAACAAAAUUGGCCAUUGUUGCUCGAGUUUCAUUUUGUGCCCAUGUACUGCUAGUCAGAAUUGAACCAGUGACAAUGAGGUGAGACUUUAGACAAAGAUGACAGUGAAGCUUUAUUCUUUACCUCCGACGUAGAAGAAGGAACACGACGAAGAAGAUGAUGUUACUGGUAGUCACUCAUCGGAUUCUUCCACCGCUAGUGGCUCUGCAAGUAAACAUAGAGUUUUUUUUCCUACAAAAACACAAUAAAACAAAAGAAAUCAAAGCAUUUACCGUAGACAUUUCCUGCGUUCUGUUUAGUGCGUCUCUCACCACCAAAAGAUUUUCUACAGUGGAGUACAUGUUCACCUUCUCGCUUGGAAACCGGUCCAUCGCAAAUAGCCCCUCUGGUAACCCUUCUUUAACAUCAUCAACCUCCAUCGUUUCUGCCCCUAAAAAAACCCAGAAACAUCAAAUACAUACUCCCUUAAGAUCUACAUCAAGCACACAAAUGUCGGAACAUUCACUGCCGUUCUUCUCUUUCCCAUGCCGUUUGCAUCUCCUCGACAUCCUUCUCCGAACAAUUUUCUAAGAUUUUCUUUCGUCGAAAUUCACCGUCGCUUCACUUCUUCUUCCUCACUUUCUAAGUUUCUCUGUUUUGUCUCGGUGCUAGUUACGAAACAAACAAAAAAAGAUUUUUCAAGUUUGCUUUAUUUAAUGAAAAAGGUUAAGUUUCACCUCGGGCCCACCAUUAAUUUUUGAACUUCAAACCAAAACCAAUUAAAAUCCAUCUAACUAAAACUCAAAUCACCAGUUACGCUUUUAGGAGGUCAAAUUGGGUCUUUUCAUCCAAAAACUACCUCAGUAGUGGAAACUGUCUCACAAUGUAAAUAAAAACUGUAAACUGUCCCUGGGUGUAAAUGACUCUUUUUUUUUCUCUUGUUUCUAAAAACUUUUCGCAUUUCCUAUAAUUAUUUUGAUUAUAUUAUGCAAUCGAACCUCACCAUUUAUUAUGGUGACCAAACUCGAACAUGCGUCUUAAGAGGCAAAUGUCUUCUUGUGUUCUACAUAUCGCAGAACUUUUAUACGACGGCCGUCUAACAGCACGUGCAAAUGGUGCAGUUGAACAUGGACCAAAUCAAUUUUUUUUCAAAAAUUAAGAUUUUUCAAAAAUAAAUAUAUAAAUUAUAAUAAAAAACUUUAGUUUUUCAUACAUUAUACUGGAUUUAGAGUUUAUAAUUUCAAAAAUACAUUAAAUAUAUAUAAAUAAAGUUUGUAGUUUUUUUAAAAUUACUCGAUUGCAUUGUUAAAUAUACCGUUAAUAAUUUUUUGAACAUGGUCUAUAAAUAAUUCGAGACGGCCCUAUUUUAUACGUAUCUAAAGUUCAAAAAAAAAACUUUUAUACGUAUCUUGCUGAACUUGACAAGUGCUAUCUAUGCAUGCACAUGCAGAUAUUUGCUGUAGAUAGCUAAGUUUCAAAAUGACCAAGUUUUGAGAUUCGCUAUCACAAUGCAGUGUGUCAACAUCAAUUGUUAGAGCAGACUUUGAGUUUAGUUUUACAAGUCUAUUACAAAAAAUUAAUUAGACUAAAACGCUAUAUUUGACCAAAAAAAAAGUUCUGUAAAACGCCGUAUCUUAUAUCAAUAACUUCGCUAUAUCUAAAAAUUCAAUAAACAACUAAUGCUUUUUUCUUCCAAAUUCAGUAAACAAAGAGUAAAUGCUUUUUAAUAACGUCUGAAUAAGUUGCAUGAACAGUUACUGUUGAGACUUGGCACUUGAAAGCAUUAACAGUUAUCUGUAUUAGUUUUGUAUCACAAGCGGAUUCUUUAAUGAUUUUUUGAUAAUCUAACUUAAGAACAAACUAUUAGUAUGCAAAGAAGUGGAUGAUGCAUCAUUAAUAUUAUCCAUGUGUAGAUGUGUAGAGAGUAAGCAAGAAAAAUAGAAAAUACAAAACUGGAAAUGGGCAUCUCUUAUUCCCCUCCCUCUAGGGAAUAUGAUCUCCAUAAAUAGUAGUCUUUAUAGAUUCGUUGUUUCUGACACUCAUUUUGGUGUAGAUUGUGUUUUUACAACUCCAUUAGGAUCCGAGUAUGAUUUUCACAUGAAUACGGUAUAUAAAAGGUAAAUUUGUUAGAAAAGUUAUUUUCAACUUUAAAAUAUAGGAUCAUAUUAGCAAUUUAGCGUUGAUCAAAAAAAAAAAGCAAUUUAGCAGAACCUCCUGUACCAGUGUUAAUGACACAGCCAACCACAUUUUAGAUGCAAUGUAUAUGUACCAACAAAAACAUUAAUUAUUGUCGACAGCAAAAUCAACCCCUAAGGAUACUCCUCACGUUUGGCGAACUUUUUAAUAUUGCAAUAGAAUUAAAUUAACAAAAUAUACAUUGGGUUGCGUUGUGGCCUUUCAUGUGGGGGAAUGAGACUAUUUUCUUUUUGUCAUCUUCGGCUACUGUAGUGUCCCGAUCGCUGCUGCAUGUGCAUUGUGCGAUGCGUCUUUCACGUUUCUAUGCUUUAACUCUUGGCAGGUAGAUUUUACUUUUGUCCGAUGGCUAGGAUAGUUUUUUUUAAGAGGAUGGCUAAGAUAGUUUGCUAUUUAAUAUGUUGUAUACAUAUUUAAUUUUUUAAACAAAAUUCUACCUUAACACAAAAAUAUUCAGAGGAGAUUAUUCAAACUCGUAAUCUUGAAUAUUCUCAUUAUUUGGGUGACCAACCAUUAUCCUAGUUAGUCAUAUAAGACCAUCACAAAUAAUACUAUUGUUAAAGGCAAACGCAUCUUAGUUUGUAAUUGUAAUAGUAAGAUUUCAAACUGCACCUAUAGUCACACAUUGGUAUAAUAUUUUUUUCCGAUGGCUAUGUAUAUUAUUGGUAAUAUAUUAUAAUUUUUUUUGCUGGAAAAAGCAACUCUAAGUUUUAAACUAAUUACUAAAACUAUGUGCAGUUAACUAUAUGAUCAUAUUCAUAUCUAUAACUACAGAAAUUUGAUCUUGUUUAGAACUGUUAAAGCUAUAUCACUAGUGUACCAUGUUUGUUGAUUUAUGUUUUCUUCUCUUCCAAAGUUGUUACAUAUUCUUGAUAACCCAACUAAUGAGUACUGUUUUCUAGAUUCAAAAAUCACGACCAGAACCAAUGAAUAGGCACAAAAUAAAAACUGAAUCAAAGAGCUAUCUUGGUCAAAUUUUGAUUUACCAUGCUGCAGUGAAUUAUUGAACACGUUUAAUUUGUUUUGAAAACGUAGCGUUAAAAUGAACAUCAGCGGGCAUUUGGUCUAGUGGUAUGAUUCUCGCUUAGGGUGCGAGAGGUCCCGAGUUCAAUUCUCGGAAUGCCCCUUUUUUAUUUAAUUUCAACUGUAACUUCCACCAGCCGUCUCAUGAUGAAGUUAUAGAAGAGUGUAUGAUGAAUGUUUACUUUCUCUGGCUUUCUUUACUUCAUAUAGACGCUUUGCAUUCGAUACAUGUCAUCUUACAUUCUCAGACAAAGAUUUAGUUGUUGAGAGUUUGAUUUUUGAGGAGGUACCAAAGGAGAUCAGUAGUUAUAUAGCGAGUUUUUUUUCCUUACAUUCUCAGACAGUCUCUAAAUAGUGCCCAAUGUUUAGGCAUUGCAUUCUGAAGUGAGGAGUAUAGAGAUGACUUUACUGCGGAUUAAGGAAUCUGACAUUCCGUCCUUGGAUAGUAGUCUAGUGAAUUUCAAAUGAACAAAUUGUGACUUCAAAGUCUUCUUUCACCAUCUUGAUAUGACAGGACACAAGGGCUGCCAAUUAAAGAAACAAGGGAACAUUCCAGGUCUAUGAAAUCACUUGGAACAUUUUUAAUCCGUACUGGUCAAAGGGCGGAUAGUUUGCAUACAAUGAACAGAACAUGAUGUUGCCCAAAAAAAAAAAGAACAGAACAUGAUAUUAGUGAAUCUCUACUCUUUGUGGUUCCAUUUGAGACGACCAGAGAGGCUCUUCCGUCUCAGUUUGAAUAAAUAAUAGUUCCGGAUCAAAGCUCAUUUAUCUCUGAUUGGCUAACUAGGUACAAUGAUACAGUUGACAUAACAGAGGAGCUUGCAUUGAAGCUCCUAUUAUGGGUUCUUGCUUACAUGUCACUGAUAGAAGUGAACGCCAAAAAUAAUAACAUCAUCACCAGGUUCUUUACCAUUUUCCAGAAUCGACUUCUUCACAAUAUGAGUCAUCAGCUAGUUGUACUAUGCAUUUUCCUCAAUCGAUCUUAGAUCUUUGAAGUAGCACUCAUGUUCUGAUGAAUAUUAUCGUAAUAUCAUAGCUUAUUCAUUUACUCAGCGGCGAAGUAAUUCAAAAAAUUUAACCGUAAGUGAAUAUAAUCGUCAGGGUUUUGCAGGACAAGUGCAAAGAGUUGAUGAACCAGUCUGAUUCAGAAAACUCAACAAACCGUGUAUAGCAAGUAAAGUGCCAAAGACAACAAUCGUCUGUCAAACUGCUAUUUUUUUAAUAUCAGUAAUUAGUUAUUCGCAGAUUGCUAAAUGAAAUGUUUCAUCAAUUUUUGGUCACGGAGAGAUAAUCCUAGGCCCUAGCCACUAGCCACUAGCCACUAGGCACACGUCUCAAUAGACAUUUUAAGUCUUUAUUUAUUAUACAUAGAGACAGGUACGAGAAGGGGUUGGGAAGCCUAUGCACAGAUCUGAGAUCUCAACGGACAUGAAAGUCUUUGUUUAUACAUAGAGACACAUUAUAAGAAACAGAGAAGUCUUUCCACAGAUCUCAUUUCUCAAAUGGAGUCAGAAAAAGUUCACGUGGUUUUGUUCCCAUACAUGUCCAAAGGGCACAUGAUACCUAUGCUCCAGCUAGCCCGUCUCCUCCUCUCCCACUCCUUCGCCAGAGACAUCUCCGUCACCGUCUUCACCACUCCUUUAAACCGUCCUUUCUUCGCCGACUCACUCUCCGGCACCAAAGCAACCAUCAUCGCCCUUCCUUUCCCCAAGAACGUUCCAGAGAUCCCACCCGGCGUGGAAUGCACCGACAGACUUCCGGCUAUCUCCUCCCUCCACGUGCCUUUCACGAGAGCCACCGAGUCAAUGCAACCCGACUUCGAGCGAGAGCUCGCGUCGCUGCCACGCGUCAGUUUCAUGGUCUCUGACGGUUUCUUGUGGUGGACGCUAGAGUCGGCUCUGAAGCUAGGGUUUCCUCGGCUUGUUUUCUUGGGUAUGAACUGCGCUUCCCCCUGUAUACUGGACAGUGUCUUUGAAAACCAGCUUCUGUCUAAGGUUAAGUCCGAGACGGAGGCGGUUGCCGUACCGGAGUUUCCGUGGAUUAAGGUUAGAAAAUGUGAUUUCGUUGAAGAUAUGUCUGAUGCGAAAGCCGCCACGGAUCCUGGAUUCAAGCUUAUCAUAGAUCAAGUCACGUCUAUGAGUAAAAGUCAAGGUAUCAUAUUCAACACGUUCGAUGACCUUGAGCCGGUGUUUAUAGAUUUCUAUAAGCGUAAUCGCGAGCUCAAGCCAUGGACACUUGGACCACUUUGUCUUGCCAAAAACUCCUUGGAAGAUGAGGGAGCAGAGACGGUCAAAUCUGUUUGGAUGAAAUGGCUAGAUGAAAAGCGAGACAAGGGAUGCAAUGUUCUCUACGUGGCUUUUGGGUCACAAGCCGAGAUCUCGAGAGAAAAAUUAGAGGAGAUUGCGUUAGGGUUGGAAGAAUCAAAGGUGAACUUUCUUUGGGUGUUGAAAGGAAACGAAAUAGGGAAAGGGUUUGAAGAGAGAGUGGGAGAGAGAGGAAUGGUGGUGAGAGAUGAAUGGGUUGAUCAGAGGAAGAUACUAGAGCACGAGAGCGUUAGAGGGUUCUUGAGCCACUGUGGGUGGAACUCUCUGAUGGAGAGCAUUUGCGCUGAGGUUCCAAUCUUGGCGUUUCCAGUAGCAGCGGAGCAACCUUUGAAUGCGAUGCUGGCGGUGGAAGAGCUGAGAGUGGCGGAGAGAGUGGUGGCGGCGAGUGAUGGUGUUGUGAGAAGAGGAGAGGUUGCAGAGAAAGUGAAGGAGUUGAUGGAGGGAGAGAAAGGGAAAGAGCUGAGGAGGAAUGUUGAAGCAUAUAGUAAGAUGGCGAAGAAGGCUUUGGAGGAAGGUGUUGGUUCUUCUUGGAAGAAUUUAGACAACCUAAUCAACGAGUUUUGUAAUAAUGGAACAUGAUGUUAAACCAUGAUAUAAAGUGAUUAUUACAUUACUUGAUUUCCUUGUUGUGUAGGAGAAACAAGAGAACAGUACCAAGUACUAACCGGUUUGCUUGCAUU